AUGGCAAUCCAAUCCGUUCAAGUACGACCUCAAAAGGCUACCAUCGCCGACGAGAUUGAAACUUAUAUUGAGUCUCUGAUUGGCCAAACCGUUUCUACUACCGCCUCCAUGGUGCCUGUUUUCUCUUUCCGAACAACAGAAGAGAAUGUGCAGAAGAUCAAGGAGAAGUUUGGCGACCAAAUCAUCGUUGAUGUUGUGUAA